CGGCCCCCUCCUUGUGACAUCACAAUCUGGGCCGCGCCGGCUGUUCCACUCCGACCCCGGGGCGGUGGGCGGAGCUGGCGGGCGAGUGACUCAUGGAUUCCGAGCGGGGCCGGCUCCUCCCCGGCCAGCCCCUUCCCAGCCCCUCCACAUGGGCUCCCUCGCCGGCCUCCUCCAGUCGCGGAGGGGGUGGAGUUGCUGGCGCAGGCUGCGCUCGCCUUCCUUCCGCUUUCCCAACUCGCCCGCCGCCGCCGCCGCGCACCUGAAGAGAGCCGCGCUGUGGCCGGGCUGCCUCCGGGGCAUGGAGGAAGGAGUGGACGAGCACGAGCAAGAGGACGAGAAGCAGAAGCAGCCUCCGCCGCCUCCGCCGCGCGUCUCCACCAGCUACCGGGCCAUCCAGCGUGUCGGCAUUGCGGUGGAUGAGACCAACGUCCUGCCGGGGGCUCUGCAGCUGAUCCGAAAGCUGAGACCACAAUGGGAGACCGAGCGAGUUAAGACCAAGCUCUUCACUGAAGGCAUCACCAACAAGCUCAUGGCUUGCUUCACAGCUGAGAACAUGGGGGAUGCGGUCCUGGUGAGAGUCUAUGGCAGGAAGACAGAGCUUAUUGUGGACCGUGCUAAUGAGCUGAGGAAUUUCCAAGUGCUUCAAGACCACAGCUGUGCCCCUAGUCUCUAUUGCACCUUCGAAAAUGGCUAUUGCUACGAGUUCAUGCCAGGGAAGGCCUUGGGACCAGAACAUAUACGACAGCCAAAUAUAUUCAGGCUAGUAGCCCAUGAAAUGGCUAAAAUGCACAGGAUUCACACCAAUGGAAGCCUCCCAAAGCCUUGCCUGUGGCAUAGACUGCACAAGUAUUUUAACAUUGUGAAAACAGAGUUUCCAAGAAAGGCAUCUAAUUCUGGUCUCCAUCAGGAAGUGCACAUUCCCAGCCUAGAGGUGUUAGAAGAAGAGAUUCGGUGGAUGAAAGAACAUCUCUCCCAGCUUCGAUCUCCAAUAGUCUUUUGCCACAAUGACCUUUUGAGCAAGAACAUUAUCUACAACAAGGCAGAAGGUCACGUCCGAUUCAUAGAUUAUGAAUACACCGGUUACAACUAUCAAGCAUAUGACAUUGGGAAUCAUUUUAACGAAUUUGCAGGACUGAAUGAGGUGGACUACAGCCUGUACCCCUCCAAAGAGAUCCAGCUGCAGUGGUUGAGGCACUACCUGCAGGCCUACAAAAAACUAGGCCAGGAGGACCUGGGGGGAGGAAGCAAAAGCAGAGGAGAGAGUGGAGCUGUGUCCGAAGAAGAGCUGGAGAGCCUCUAUGUGCAAGUGAACCAGUUUGCUUUAGCCUCCCAUUUCCUGUGGGCUUGCUGGGGCCUGAUUCAAGCCCAGUUCUCUACUAUAGACUUUAAUUUUGCCAGGUAUGCAGACAUAAGAUUUAAACAGUACUUUAAAGCAAAACCUGCAGUGACAUCCUUCAAAAUGUCCAAGUGAGGUUAAGGCCCCAAAGAGUCUUCUGGUCCUCAAGAUCCCAUACUUAUUUUCUCUGGGUGUAGAGCACCUGCCCCCCCCACCCGUCGUCCUCCUUUUGCAGUUGCUUCAACGCUGAGUGGUCAGACAUCAUGAAACGGGGGAUGGAAGAGGAAAGCACACCUUUUUUGAAGCCAAAAAUUAAACCAAGCCCCUGGAACAUGGCUGUGCCAUCCAUGGAUUAUCUGCCACGUGUUGCUUUCAGAAG